UUGACUUUGACAUUUGACAUUAAAUUUUUCAUAUUUCAAUAGUUUAGAAUAAAUAAAUAAAAAUAAUUGAAUAAUCCUUUUUUUUUAAUAAAAGGUCUUCUGAAGUUAAUUAAUAAUUAUUUAUUUCAACAAAGUGUAGUCAUGUCGUACAAUCGCAAUAAAUAUGAAAAGGCACGGAGGCGUCUAGCAGCUGUAACAUUCCUCUCUAAUAUCUCACUAGAUGGUUCAUUUAUGGAUACAGAGAUGUGCAAAAUUGCGGAUAAAAAGUCCUCAAAAGGCGACAAGUGUAACUCCAAAGAUAAUCAAAGUAAUAAUUUUAAGGAUGCUACCCGUGGCAGUGUUUGGAACAAAGCAAAACCACAUACCAGUCCUGUCCAACGAUUUAGCGGUGACAAUCAAUCAAUUAGCUCCGACUCUGAACAAACUGCUGUGACUCCAGUUAAAGGCGGGCUUAACAACUCGUAUAGAGAAAGAUGCUCUUCAGGGAAUACAGAACUGUUCAGAGAUCGCCAUUCAUCUCUACGAGCCAGGAAGGUUCUUGCUAUUACACAAGACGAUAAAAGCAGUUCUGAAAGCUUAAAUUUUGGACGAUUCCGCACAAGCAAUACAUGCAUUCCAGAAAAUUCAUAUAGCAAAGAGAUAAGGAUGAUGAAAUCAACUAAAGGAGUAUCAUUCAAAGAUGAGAGACUUGCUUUUGUACCAGCACAAGGUGUGCCCUGUGUUUUAUUCAGUACAAUUCCAUAUUCAAAAACUAUAAAAGGUAUUCGGGCUGAUUUACGAAAGGAUGGUGUCCGCAGGAGAAACACAUCUGGACCCAGGCCUUUGUCUUCUAUCACUGAUAAUGGUAUUGACCCAUUUGACCUCAUGGGGCUAGAAAAAGAGGAAAAUGGUCAAGAAAUAUCGUACUCAAAACUCUUAAUACCAUCAAGAGUGUGCACCAGGGAACAAUAUAAAAAAAUGUAUGGCGGAGACUUGACUGAUAAAGCUUCAUGGAAAAUCAUGAAUAGAAACCCUCAUGUAAUUGCAAGGACUAAGUUAUUGACGAGACGCAAGGAUAAAAAAUGGUGCUUCUCUUACGAGUCUUCGCAUCAACGCGCUACAGUAGCGUCGUCUCCGCCACAUUCCUCGGUAGAAAAUAAAACCUUCGAUUGGGAUGAAGGGGCACUAAUUUCGCAAAAAUAUGUUCAUUAUUCACCUAAUGAUCUUGAUGAUCCCGAAUUAAUAGCCGGCAAACAUAGGACUUUGCUCACAUUCACUUCAUACAUGACUUCUAUUAUUGACUAUGUUCGACCUCAAGACCUCAAAAAGGAAUUGAAUGAUAAGUUCAGAGAGAAGUUUCCGCAUAUAAAACUCACACUGAGCAAGCUAAGGAGUAUAAAAAAAGAAAUGCGGAAAAUAGCAAAACACGACAACGGCGGUAUAGACUUGCUGUCUGUUGCACAGGCGUACGUUUAUUUCGAAAAGUUGAUACUCGCCAACCUUAUCAACAAAGACAACAGAAAGCUGUGCGCUGGCGCUUGUUUACUCUUGUCCGCGAAAUUGAACGAUGUCAAGGGAGAAAUGCUGAAGGCCCUUAUAGAGCGCAUUGAAACCACAUUCAGAGUGAACAAGAAGGACCUCAUCAAGUUCGAGUUCGCGGUGCUCGUCGCGCUGGAGUUCGGCCUGCACGUGCCGCCGUACGAGGUGUUCCCGCACUACCAGCGCCUGCUGCACGACUCGUGACCCUGGCGCCGGCUGGCCCUCGAGCCGUGCAUGCGCGUCUGCCACCGGAGGAGAACCAGCAUCGUGGACAAUUUGCGCGCCAGUGCCUGGAUGUAACCGUUAACGUGCCUACACUGUAGAAGGUAUAUGUUAGUACAUAUUGUAGCAAGCUCGUUGUGACAGGGUCACGAGUCGUGCAUGCGUGUGUGCCACCGGAGGAGAACCAGUAUCGUGGACAAUUUGCGCGCCAGUGCCUGGAUGUAACGGUUAAUGUGCCUAUAUCGUAGAAGGUAAAUUAAUUUUAUAGCAAGCUCGUUAUGAACGGUCUCGCCGGGCGAUAAGUUGUGUCCCUAUGUCUAUCUCGCUUGCAUUUGCAGGUUAUAUGGAGCUGCUUAGUUAAAGUCCGGCCGCUCAAAGAUUGCGUUUCUGACAGGUGAUCGAAUGGGGAAAAUAUAUUCAAUUCUCGUUAUUUUGUCUCAUCACUACAUAGACAAACAGUUGGCAUAACCUUGAAAAUCACAGUUCAAAAAUCUUGUACGCCAGUUCGAAGUUACGUCGCCUAUCCGAUCACGUGUCCUGACUAACUGACCUGACUUCGGCGAAGCCUGUAGUGAGCUGAGUAGUGUUUCGCUACACUACGUUUUGUUCAAGCCUAUAUAAAUCGCUUUGAGUCGUUUGACUCGGGCUCAAAACCGACAACAAUCGGAAGUUGAGCGAGGCAAUGCUAAGUGGCUCGAAGUAAAACGAAGUUUAUGUGUCUACACUAUCUUAUUUCAGUGACUGCGCUAUUGAGGGUUACUUAUCGAUACAUUUCUUAUUGUAUGUUGUUCAUAAACUUAAUAUGCGAUCAGGCAAGUUAACAAAGUUUUGACAUUAAACUAUAUUUAGGCGGUUUAUGUUCUUUUUUCGGUCCCUUAAAAUUCCGUUAUAGCACAAACAAUAUCUUUCCAUUAAAUAUUGACGUCUUCCGCCUUUUUUUAUACUUGAACCUAAUUUCCUUUGAUGAGUGUUCUCACUGAAGUAUUUCCGUGUUUCAAAUUAGGUAUUUUUCUAAUAUUUCGGAAUAACUCGCCGUGCAUGCAGCUGUUCGGUCGCCGUGCAUCGAUAACGGUCUCAGUGCGCAUCACACUCUUAUCUCUAUUUACAUUCAGAGCCUAAAGAGACAGUUCAUACCGAGCUUAAGUAAAGGGCUCUACUAGAGCUCUGUGUGACAGAGCUAGUACGGGUUACACUGCUAUAGUUAAGCAGCGCUGCUCGCUAGUACCCAAAAGGUGCAAUAGCGAGUAGGGCAGUGCAUUACAGGAUGUGUUGAGAGCGUGCCUUGCGAAUGUUAUGCUCUUAGAAGCGAUGGUUUUCUACUUCGCCUUAAGUGGCCCAUCUUGUACCGUUCAGUAUUAUUACUAAAAAUAUAAAUACAGUGUGUCAAAAAUCCUGUCCAUCAAAUCGGGAAGCAAUAGUUAUUUAUGCCCCUGUCAUAAAAUGAAGACCAUUGUAGCACGAGUGCUGCAAAUGCCACUGCAUAUAUUUAGCAAUUGUAGCCCGAGUGCUACAAUUGCUAAAUACGUGCAGUGGCAUACAAUAUUCUUUCUACGAACGUGAUAAAAGAAUUAACAAAACUUGGUAAAUAAUAUAUAUUUGGAUAGAUAAAAAAAAACUUUCAAGAGUGAAACGAACUGUCAUACUGUACCCAUUGCUAUCUGAAAAACACUAUACGCGUACCUACUAGUGUACGCGCUAUCCGUACGCACCUUUAUUCUAACUCGUCACCUCGGUCACAUGUCCUAAGGUCUUCGGAAUUGUCAGAGCCAGUUGCGACUUGUCGGCUACCGGGCCGGGAUUUUAAUCUGAUGUUCCAGUGGCUGAACAUUUGUAGAAAGGGAUCGACAGCCUACAAGUGGGAACUGACUAACACAAUGUAUCUAGUACACACGCAUUGUAAAUCCAUGGAAUGCUAAGCUAAGAUAUUCGUCUCUUUUAAUAGUCGCAGGCUAAACAUAGUAAAAUUGAAAUUUUAAAUGCUUGGAAACAAGUAAUUCAGUAAGUAGUUAUUUUUGUAAGUAGUGUUUAAGUAGACAACAACGAUUAUAGUAAUUACGAAUUUAAAACACAAUAUUGUGAUAAAAAAUCACUAUGUAUACGCUAUAAGUGUUAGGAUCAAGUGAAUAUUUGUAAAUAUUUAUUGAUCUCAAGUACAUGGACAUUGAAUAAACCUGAUCGCAUAUUUAUCGUAGCUCGGCAUGGUACGAAAGCAGAAGAGUGUACUUACUAGAUAAUAAUCAUUUAAAGAUUACCUAAAACUGAUGAAUGUGCGAUCAGAUUAAUUCAUUAGUUUUCUAGUAAAAAUAGCAAUUGAAUUGCUCAUUUAUUAUGCCAAAGAUAAAAUAUUUAGACUUAACUAACAGAAUUUAAACAUUUAUUAUAUACUAGCGGACGCCCGCGACUUCGCGUGAAAAUUGAUGUAAACUUUUUACCCCCUAUCUCACCGCCUUCUAUUUAUAUUUCUGCGUAUUUUAUAUAUCUAUAAUAAUCCACUAACUAAUGCACUAAUAAUUGAACUAAAAUAUAACUCGAACUAUGAAAGAUUUAUAUUUAUAAAAAAAUCAACUCCUUUUUAUCACUUUAAGGGGUAGAAUUUUAAAAAUCUUGAAUUAUAUUUUUUUAGUAUUUUCUGGUAUUACACAUACCAAUUUUUAUAAAUGUAUCUUGAAAAAUUAAGGACUUAGGCUGGUUUUAGAGUCACGCUGACCGAACGCUGACCGUCGCGUCGACGCUGACAGCUCAGCGCGUAGCGCGCCGAACCAUAUCACGCGCUGAUAAGUACGCGUUAUUCUGAAACGCUCCCUAGGAGUUCAUACCAAACCAGCCUUACUGUACAAGUUUUCAACCACGUCCACCUUAAACCGUGACUCUAAAACCAGCCUUACUGUUUACAAGUUUUCACGUCCAUCUGUUUUUAUUUUUGCUACAAAAAAUAUCCUAUAACCUCCUUCAUAUUAUGAUAUCAAAUCAUGCCAAUUUUAAUUUGAGUUCAUUCAGUAAUUUCAGCGUGAUGCCUGGUCAACAAAAAAUACAGACAGACAGACAAAUAAUAAAAAUAUUUUUGACUUCAGUAUUGAUUAUAAUACCGUGACUCUAUACCCAUCUACAAAAGAAUCAUAAAUACUUUUAAUGUAUACAGAAUUGGAACUUAACAAUUUUAUUAAAAGAAGAUUCUUCAAUUUAUAUGCUUACUCAACUUAAACUGUCUAAUAUUAGUGAUAUUAGUGCCCAAGUUCCCGUUUUCAUAAACCUUACUACAGUUCUACAGUUCGUAUACCAAACCACUUUUCUUAAUAAUCUGAUUAUAUCUGUACAUAUAUGUUAGAAUUUUAUAGGGAUAUCGGAGUACAAAUAUGACAUUUGAGUUUUUAAAAUUGAACUUCAAAAUGGGGUUUGCGAUUUAAAAAGGGGUUGAACGGGGUUGAACUUUUUUAUGACAGUCUGUUAUCUUUCAAGUUGUUAUGUUUACGGUAAUAUAUAUGGAGAUUCAAAGCUUACACCAAUUAUGAGCAGACGAAGUCGCGGGCGCUAGUCUACUCAUAAGUAAGCCUUGUAGGUACAUAGUAUAUAGUUAUAUGUGUAUAUAAUAUAUAGUGGCGUGCACUAAAUAGAUGCAUAACCACAAUGCAUACCCUGAGGAUUCAUUACGUACUUGUAUUGGUGGAGGAAUUUUCCAUUCUGUACAAUUUGUACGUUUGGAAGACUACCCUAGUUAAAAACCUUGUGCACACCACUGAUUAUAUGUAUACUAAUAAACUACUAAAAUCGUUCUAAAUUAAACCUCAACACAUAUUUGCGCAAUAAUUUGUGUGAUGUGAUCUUUAUUAACUUAUAAUAAUAUAAGAAUUUAACAAAUAAUUGAGAAAGUUGAGAAUAUUUUUAUAUUGUGGUAGGUAAGUGUUAACGUUAACUGUAAAAAAAGUGUCUGGAUUUAGGUAGGUAUAUCAACAACUAACAAGUAGGUAGUUACUUGUGUAAAAGGUGUUCUAAAUUCCGUUUCAUGAAAGAAGACCCCAGACCCGGCACUAAUGUCUUAAUGGCGCUCAUUGUAAUUUGUGUAAGGCGCUGUCAAUUUUAGUUCAGGGUUUAGCCGUGGGACUUCUUUCAUGAAAAGGACUCUAUAUGUAAAGUCGGAUUGGAAGUUUUGAUUAACAAAGAAAAUAACAAAAAUUAUAUUUUUUUCUAUCUUUGACUUCGUGUGCAAAUAUUGCAAAAUUAUGUACUUAAAUGCUUAUAAUAUUUAUAAUAUGUAUGUAAUUUUGAUCUCAUAUGGUUUCAAAAUUUUGUUGAGACUAUAAUGUUAUAUUAGGUUUGGAAUAUUAAGAUUAUGUAAUCUAUUUCACUUGUCGUUGAAAAUUAAAAUAACUAGUAUAAAACCUAAUAAUGUUAAUUAUUAAACAAAUCUUGAUUACUGAUAUUGUUUUAAAGUUUUUAAUUAAACGUUAUUGAGUUUUAACUAGAAAUUAUUGCACAAUUUUACAGUUUCAAAAAUGUAAACAGUUAACAUACCAAUAACAUUACCAUAUGCUUUUAAAAAUAACAUAAUUGUUAAUAGUUAACAAAGAUAUAUAAUAAAAGUUGUGUUGCAUCUU